AUGCUUCUCCUUCUAAUCUAUACAUAUUUUGCCCUCGGCAAAGAAAGAACACGUUACAGAAGAGCUCCUCAAAUCCCUGGUCCAACUGUACAAGAACAACUCCUUGAUCAUGUGGACGACCAGGCAGAUGGUCAACAUGCAUAUACCUUAGUAAAGGAACGAAAACAACCAAGAUCAACACCACAGAAAAGAGGGAAACAAGUUGGUAAGCGUGCUGAUAGCCGUGGUGUUGGUCGCCGCAUGAUUAUUGAUAUUCAUUUAGAAGUCUUAGACGAAUGUCAAAAGGAGCGCCUGCAUUUGACGAAGGAAGACUUUUUUGAAAGUUUGGUUCAAGAGUUCAUGGGAUCAAAAUUCAUGGAAGAGGAAGAAAAUGUUCCUAUGGUAGAUGUUCCUAAGGAACAGGUUCCAAGUUCAGAGUUCGGGGUUUAG